AUGACCGUAUUCGCCAAUAUGAAGGCAAGCGUUGUCGAGAAAUUCCGAGCCGCGCGAGAGUGGUUCAAAGCCAAAUUGACCAAAGAGACCACAACAACUCCAGAGACCAGAGGUGUGACAAUUAGUCAGCCUACCAACUUUCGCAGACAGGAAAUCCACUUCGAAAUCGAUCAUGAAGGCAACGCUGUGAUGGUCGAAGGCCCAGCUGACGAGCAACGUGAUCCGCCACCACAUGCCAUGUGA